AUGCGAUCAAAGACCACGGCAAAACCAAUUUCAUUUAAUAGCAUUCUAGAUAUGAAACAAACAUCCGGCGCCAUUAACAAGGCUAAUGAGGGCAGAUAUGCAAAUAGUGCUAAGGAAGUUGAAAAGGAAAUGGUAAGUGAAACGUCUGUUAAUAGACAUCAAAUAAAGGAAAUUCCAGAGCCUCUGCUGAAUAAUCUGAAACAUUUGAAAGGAUUUCGAGGGAAAGGGCGCACUCAACAAUCAGCUGUUGAGAAAAGAAACGAAACAAGUUGGAAGGAUGACAAUUUGAAGUCGGAACCACGGUUAAAAACAAUUAAGAAUAAAGUCCAAUCGGCGUCCGCAUACGAUGCAACAAAAAACAGGUCAACAUACGAACCAUUUCAUGAUUCCAAGAAUGACGCCACGACAAUGUCCACCACAUCCCAUGUUUCAAGUGCAAAGAACAGAACCAGGUAUCUAGGGAAUGAUCUCAAGGGCUCAGUUGUGGGAACAAGGCGAACAGAGAUCAUCGGUUUCGAAAAUAAGGCACCAAGCAUUGAUAAUGCCAAGAACCAGACCUCAGAAAUUGCUUCAUUUGUUUCAAAGAAUCAGACCUUGACAGCUAAGGACAACGCAACAAACGGUACCAAGAGUCAAUCAAAUGUGACGGGAAUGAACGUGUCUGAUUCUCAUCGAAAGAAUUCGGAAGUGGCUGACAGUAAAACUCUAGAAAAUGUUUAUGCAAGUAUUGGUGAGGAAGUCGACUUGAUACCGCUAGAUGGGCUUUCAACAGAUGAUGCUAAAGCUGCAGUAAGUCUAAUGGAAAACCGCGAAGAGUCGUCUGAGACACGCAAAGACACAAGCCAUGUUGAAGAAAUUCUUCAGAAUCAAACUGCGCUUGAUGAUAAUACAAGAAAGUCUAAAGCAAAAAUUUUGACAAUCAAGAAUCAAAGAAACACAUCGAGGCAAGUGUCGCCAAUUGUAAACUCUCAAAGUGUGUUGAUCAAAUCAUACCCUACAUCAAAAAGUCGCAAAACGUCAAGAGAAUUCGCUGCCUUAAUGAAAUCUUUUGAUAGGCCUUUGAAAUCUAGUGGAAGGAAAACAGCAAAUAGAUUGAUGGGUACCACAGAAAAACUCGUCGUUGUAAAAGAAAGCCUUCAGCAAUCGAAUAAUGCAACAGCAAUUACACUGUCCGGGACAAAGCAAAUCACCCAGUCACUCUCUAGUCCAUCGCUCAAACCAAGCGCUAUAACGAAAGAAGCUUCGGUUCCUAAAAAUGUAAGGCACCCUUUAAUAGACUCUGAGAUAACAAAACUUGAGCAAGCUUUACCUACGCAUGUAUUAGGAUCCACAUCUGCUACAGAAAUUUUCACCAAUACCCCGACAUUUAUGCCAACAAAUUUGACUCCUACGAUAUCGGAUGCUAGGCCCAAGAUUACUGCCAGCAGCACUAUAAUUGAGGCUUCUACCACUGGGUCGCGGAUGUAUCCAGAGAGACUGAAUAGUAUUCCCAGGCUGUAUCACUCACAAGCAAACAGCAUAAGGAAGGAAAUUAAGCCAGCAAAUAUUUACCUGACACCGUCUUCACUGCCAAAACCUCGUUAUGUUCACGAUGCGAAUUAUAGCAUUUUUAGUGAAAACAAUAAUCGCACAUCUUCAUCUCCAAAUGUCACAAAUGCACCCGGUCUGACCACCAAUGCACCCGGUCUGGCGACAAAUGCACCCAGUCUGGCCACAAAUGCUACUGUUCUGGCUGCAAAUGCACCCGGUCUGGCUUCAAAUGCACCCGGUCUGGUCACAAAUGCAACUGGUCUAGCUGCAAAUGCAACUGGUCUGGCUGCAAAUGCACCCGGUCUGACUUCAAAUGCACCCGGUCUGGUCACAAAUGCAACUGGUCUGGCUGCAAAUGAACCCGGUCUGGCUUCAAAUGCACCCGGUCUGGUUACGUUUAAUAGUUCAUCUUUAAGCAAAGUUCAGUCAUCUCUACCUCGACAGAAUGGUGGUAACAACACAACCAUUCUUAAUAAUUACACAGCCCAACAACAAAUGUCUGCUAGUCGGCCAGAAAUACAUGGUACUUAUCAACCACAAAGGAGCUUUAAUUCAGUUGGCUUAUCAAGAAAUGCAGGAAAUGCAUCUCUGCAUUUGCCUGAAUCGAUGAAUUAUACUGCCCCAAUGCACAAAUCGUCAAAUUAUUCGAGAAAGGUUAGUUUAGACCAACCACUCUACCAAACAACCUCUAGGCAAAGAUUUGAAGAAUUGCUAACGAAAGUUUCCAAAUCCAGCAACAAACGAUUCGAAAAUAGCUCGAGAAUGAGAAGUACUGUCAAAUUUCACAAUACUCUCGCAAUGCAAGAAACACGUACCAAAGAGAAAAAAGGUAAGCCGGUUGCUAUGGCCAUCAAUGCUGCUUCUCGUACGAUAGGCAGUAAUAAACAUGUGACUUCGCAGCACACUAACCGUUAUCAAGAGAAACCUUAUUGGCCUAAUUAUUUGUAUCCAUGGAGAAACUACAGCCACCCAACUAAUCCCAUCACCAGCAACCCAAACGCAAUUGCAAACACAAACGCAAAUGAGAACACAAACGCAAAUGAGAACACAAACGCACGCGCAAAGGGGAGCCCAAAUCCUUUUGCAUACAAGCGAUUGUUUUGGAAAGGAAUGCCCGGCCAGAGUCCUUAUUGGCUACUGUAUAGAAAUUUGGCACAAAAUGCGAGUGGCAAAAUACAUGAUAUUGGGGUGAAAAUGAAACACAAAGGCUCUUCAAAGAGUUUGCAAGAGAAGGUGAAUGUGACAGAUUCAUCUUUUGCCUUUUGGAACAACCAUGUGUCUAACAAUGUUACUGAUAAAAACAUGAAAAUGUCAAAUGCUAGUCAAAAAGAUUCUGAAGCAGCAAAAGCUAGAAUAGGUUUUGAAUAUCGACCACCAGCUUCAAACAAUGUCAGCUUUGAAACUAAACCAGAUGUUUCUCGAUCUGGAAAUGUUAACGAUCACAAAACCAAUGUUGUACGGAAUAGCAAUGGGAACCUUAAUGUAAGUGAAUAUGGUACAUCAACGCUCAGUUCAGUAGACACAGUGAAAACAGAAAGCAAAAGUCCGGUAGACAAGAUUCCGGUAGAAAAAGGGAAAACUAAGUGGAAGAGUCCGGUAGACAAAAAGAAAACUGAGAACAAGAGUCCGGUAGAAAAAGUAAAUACAGAGCAUGACAUUCCGGGAGAAAAACGAGUGGAAACAGGGAACAAAAAUCCGGUAGAGAAAAUAGGAAAAGAAAGCCACCGCCCGGUAAAGAAAGUAAGAACAGAGAGCAACAUUCCGGUAGAGAAAGUGAAAACAGAGACCAACAGUCCAGACAUAGUAAAAAUAGAGCAAAAGCCCUUAGUGCCAAGUUUCAAAUCGAAAUACGAGCAUCAUUCUACCUAUGAACAGCAUCUUUUUGAUAAAAUCAUGCCAACGAAAAGUUCAAAUACACCAACAGAGAUUUCUGUGAAUUCAAGUGAAAUCGUAGAACAACUAAGUGUUUCUCAUGGUGGAACAACUAAAACACAUGGUAUAGACGAUGAUCGUCAGCACUUUGUGUUUAAUGCCUCUUUGACAGAGCACAACAGUUCGUUUGCAAACAAAUCUGCUAUGGGACAGAAAAUUGCUUCGAUAGUAGGUCAAAUAGAAAAUGUUACACAGAAAAGCAGUGAAGUAGUUUAUAACGUCGGUGUAGGUGUUCAUGCCAAUGAGACCAUUAUUCAUCCGGGGAAAUAUUACCUAAAAGAAGCAACCGAAAUGAUGCCAAACGUAACUAAUCGAGUUACUGAGCUGAAUAGGACUGAAGUUGACGCACUGUCUGAGUUGAACAAAACUGAAGUUGAUGCUUAUAGAUCAGCCACGUUACCUAAAAUAAAUGCCAGUGAUAAUAAUGGCUCCCUGAUGAAUGCUGGACCAGAAUUUCACAGGUUAAACCGUAAUGACAACAAAACUGUCCAUAAAGAAACAUUACCAUUGCAGCUUACCAACCACUUCAAUCAUUCCAGAAUAAAAACGGAGAACGGUACCAAGAGGCUGCUACCAGAUCCUAGUCACAGAGUGAACCAAUCUGCACCCAUAAACAGUACUGAGCAGUUCUUGAAUGUUGUUAAUCGUAAAGAGCUGCAUCCUGAUAUGACAUUUAGAGUUUAUUACAAGCCAGGGCUGCGCCGCCACCAUAAACAUCAUAAUCAUAGCAGAGAUCACAGCAGAAAUCACAACAGGAAUUAUACCGAGUCCCACACCGCAGCAACAACUUGGCCAGAUACGAUUAAGGUCUAUUACAACCCUGGAAGAUUCAUGCAUUCAAGUAGAAAUCAGCAAAGACUGCAUCAUUCUCAAGGAGAACGAGAAACCAAUUAUACUAAAACGAACGGCGCUGUCUCUAAAAAACUGACAGAAUAUUUUGGAAUUAAAAAGCUGUACAUUAAUGACAUGAGCAAUAAUAAUGAUCAAAGUGCAAGAAACCCCGAGCAAAGUGCUACCAGUUUUGAAAAUUCUCCCAUUUCCAGAAAUGAAACGAUUUCUCUCGAAAAUGUCUCUCACCCAAGCAUGAAACCGGAUACAACGCUUUCGAAUGAAAAUCACCCAAGCACUGCAGAAAUUAAAUUCGCUCAAAAUCAAUCUGCAACAUUACUAAUUUCGCCAAAAGAGUCGUCAGAAACACAUUUUGUAACUGAGGGGACAAACAAAAAUCCCAAUCAUGUUACUGAUGAUUAUUUGCCAGCAAGCUUGGUACACACCACUUUAAGUCCGGUUCAAAAACCUAAACUGGUCCAUUCUGCAACUGGUGCCAAGAAAAGUUUCGGGGAUCCCAAUGAGGUAUCUCUCAGCUUGAAACAUUCAUUUCACAGGAAGCCAACAGAUGGAAAACAUUGUGACCUACUAGGGAUUUACACCGAUAAAGUUCUACGCGAUGGUGCUGAAGCGGGAAAUUAUUUCCCGAUUCUUUUCGUUAAGGAUCCGGUGCACUGCCAUAAGCAAUGCUGCAAAAAUAGAAGAUGCAAUUUUGCAAUGUUUUACCGGGACUUUUGCUUUCUAAUUGAGUGCUUCUCCGUGAAAGGGUGUGAACUAGUGAAGUCAAGCGCAUCAACAAAGCAUCCUCAUUUGUUGGCGAAAAUCAGAAAUCCGGAAUUGAGGUCAUUGUCACGUGUUUAUAAAACACCACCGGAAGCCAGUUCAACCUAUGUCCCAACAAUGUUCCUUAGACCUUUGUCAGCUCACGAGAUUUCUGCUAAAAAGCAUAUGUCUACUUCCGUAAAACAUUCGCAGAAACUUCUCAAUCUGUUCCAUUCAUUGUUAAAUAGACUUGAAAAACCACAGCCAACUGCUAAAAGAGAAUACGUGAAAAGAGAACCUAUCUCUGUGCUAGCAACGAAAAAUUCCGAUAUUUCUGCUGGUAAAGGGUAUCGUCCUGAAAACCUACACAUGCUUCAAAAUCUGUCAAAAUAUUUGCACACCAAUGCAUCAGUGUCUCAUUAUUUCAACCAAUCAGCGAAUCAAACAACACAAUCACCAUUGUUCCAGAAGCCCUUUUUUGGUAUCCCACUACAAAGCCCAUUAGUGAAAUUGUCCAAUCAUAGCAAUAGUAAUACAGACUAUUCCUAUUUGACAGACUACUUGAAUUCAAAAACCGAGAAUACAUCAAAAUUGGCAGCCUUAACUCCGACUCAGUCAGCACUAAUAAGAAAGUUGUACCAAACUUCAAAAGAAUCGAAUCGACCGACCUUGCACGUAGCACUUGCAAACACUUCGACUACAGAUAUCCAAAAGGUUGUAUUCAAGCUAAGUAAAUUGCUUUCUAAAGUCCAUUUACAUCUCAAAGAUGUUCUUCCAGAGCUGAAAUAUGUAAUGAAACACAGUCGCUCGAAGUUCGUUAGUGGGGACAUUGCUAAGACGAUUUAUAAUGCUGUAAAGAAAAUACGAGCCAAAGAAUUAUCAGAGAAGGUAAGGAAAAUAACAGGAGAAACAGUACUUGAAAAUUUAGCAGAAACUCAAAAGGGUUCUAUUCGCAAUCAAGAGCUUGAAAGAGUUUCAAGAGUGAACAGAACAAUUUCAGUGAAACUUGCUCAAACUGAUGAAUCAAAUAGGGGAAGAAACAGCACAAAAGAAAUCAAAACUGUGAAGAGAAUUCUAACAUCGGGUUUAAGCAAUAGGAAACCAAAAGUUAACGCAGAAGGACGGUUGACAUGUAUAAUUACAUCAGUAAGAUCCGGUGCCACAUUGUAUGGUGGACCACGAGCAGGAAUCUUCACCUCGCAAGGAGGUGGCUUGAAUCUCGAUCAGUGCAUACAGCGAUGCUGUACUUCAGAUGACUGUCACGUAGCCCUGUUGGUAGCAGGUCAUUGCUAUACUGUCAAGUGCUAUACAGCAAAAUUGUGUAAAGUAGUGCCAAUGAAACGUGCUGGGCACUACCUAAUGACUGUAGCGUACGUUCGGAGAAGUAUUACUAUUUCAACUGACAAAAACGGGAAAAUCACCUCAACACUGAUGAAGAAUGCUCUGCCACGGAAAGCCAUAAUUUGUCAAGAAUCUGUUGUAUAUGAGGGCUUUACCUUAAAAGGAGGCUAUGAUGCUGGACAUUUCACAUACAAAGGUGAGGUAGGGACGCUUACUGACUGCGUUGAAUUGUGUUGUAAUGCGCAGUUUUGUGACUUGGUUUUUAUGGUAACCAACCAGUGUUACCUAGUGUAUUGUUACGGGAGAGAAGGUUGCCAGCACGUCAAAGCCUAUCAUGGCGUCUUAUACAGGACAAGGAUUGCAUAUCUGCACAGUAGGAACAGGAUCAUCCCCCCGUGGGUGGAACCUAAUGCAAAUGAAUUACGAGCCAUUAUAGGAAGCUCAGACACAGUGAAAAGGGGGCAACUCAGUCCUCCGCCCUCAGUCCAUCUUUAUCACACUGAAAACCCACCUCCAAGAAAACAACAAUCAAAUUUGCAGAUUUGUAUAAAGGCAAAGAUUUUGUAUCAAACGACAAUAAAAGGUGGUCAUCGUUCUGGAAAAUACAUCUAUCGGGGUAAGAAAACUAGAGACAGAGACUGUGUACACGACUGUUGUCAAAACGAACAUUGUAAUAUAGCUCUGAUGGUUGACCAGUACUGCUUUAAUGUUUUGUGCAAGAACAAGAAGCAUUGUACAGUAGUCAAAGUGAAGAACGACAAAUAUUUUACAAGAUUGGCAGUAAUUCGUGAAAGCAUGAAAUCGACAUCUGAAUCAGGAUCAACAAUAUCAUCAGAAACUCCUGGUCACCGAAACAAGCAGCUACCGAAGACAACUAGUCAAAUGAGAAAACCACUUACAGACAUUGAUGUGAUUCAAGCUGAGAGCAGCUUUAGUUCCACUACAACCAGUACGACUGCAAUUGCUUUGCCAAAGCAACUUAUACCAGCAACCAUGCUUGAUAAUCAGAAGGCCAAUGGAACAAUUCCAGUAAGCUCGUUUCCUUUUGUGCUCCGUAGAAGCUAUCUUUCUAUCCCAACUACCAACCAUGCAGCAUCUCCUUCAUACAGAACGCGUCGCCAAAAGCCCCAAACAAACGAAACUGACGAUCUGAAACUGAGCAUAAACGUCGAAUCCUCUCUUGACGAUGGAAUGACAUCUGAUGACGGAGAUGUACAGGAAGAAGUCCCAACAAAUGACACCACCCUCGUAUCGAAUGAAACAGAAUCUGAACUGCUUGUCAAUGAGACUGGACCUUUGAUGGUUCUCAUGCCUCGUGAGUAUGUAUCAAUGACAUUGUCAAGCAAUGAACGCAGUUCAAAGUCAACCGUCACCAAUGAACGGCUCUCUAUUUUUAAAGCUAUUGAGAGUUCUCUGUCAAACGCAUAUAAUCUACUUAUUACUACUCCUUUCUGGCCCUCUGAGAAGUCGACAGCCAUCCAAAGUAGCAGUUCCAACUGGCCAGCUAGCAGCCAACUUUCAGCUGUUACAUCGCACCUGCUAGAAUCAACUGCUAUUCAGGAAGAGAAAUUGCCAGUGAUUGCAAUACCCAGCAUUCAAAGCAGCGUUAUGUAUAAGGCAGAAAGCAGCCAAAUACAAACUGUUGUGCCAAUUUUGUCAGCAUCAACAACAAAACCGACUCAGACAACUGCGGCUUCCAGUUUGUUUUCCAUCCAGCCUACACCAGCACUUUCUCUGUCUCCUACAAAUGCUGUUUCAUCACUUGAUAUUGACAAAGCUAUGUCUACUCCAGCCUCAAACAGCUAUUCUUCUGGAAUUUUUGCUACUUCAAAAAUACAAAUGUAUUCGACAACAGACAGCUACAGGAUGCCUGGAAGUCAAGAUCUAACGAUUGCUGGAAAGUAUGUCCCAAGAAGUUCCACCAUGAUACAGGUUUCAACCAGCUCUACACCCACGCCACCAGUUACCUCUCUCGUGCCAUCUUUAAGCCUGAAGUCAGAGAUGUCUUUAUUAUCUGAGAUUAAACAACCUUUAGAAAAGAAAGACAACAUUUUAAGACGAGCAUCUUCAACAUAUCUACUCCCACCUAAAGAGUCACUGCCAUCAACAUCAUCUGCUCCUCAAAGUCCUAUGAUCGGUUUACAAGCAAACACACAGUUAGGUUUCGACUCAGCUCAUACACACAACCACAUUUCAUCUUCUCAGACAUUAAAGGUAAGCAGCAUAUCUUCACAAUCUUCAACCCCGGCUGUAAUAACACCAAGCAUCUAUUUGGGUCCUUUGAGCUUCCUUCGAGACUCCAUCCGAUCAACGGCCUCUAUCAUAAAACCGCCAGAUCAAGCAGUGCAAUUGACUACUUCUGCUAUUCAAAGCCCAGGCGAUCAUGAUACGUCAGGUGACAUAACUUCUACCGAUCAUGUUAUAGGAGCUAUGGUAAACAAGGUUGAAGAUUUAGUUGUAAACACAACAGCUGCAGCAAAAUCCUUUGAAAAUGUUACGAUUCUUAUCAAUAAGCUCGAAGGGCUUGUCGAUAGCGAAGUUACGAAGAAGUCUGAUAAAACAGAUGAGGAACAAAUCAAACGUAUUGUCUCGACACAAAGCAAUGCAACAGAUGUGAAGUAUGAUGGAUUAAUCAAAAGACUUAAUUAUCUGACCAGUCUUAUUGAAAAAAUUGGAAGCCAAAAAAAUUCUAACAAUGCUCGAGAAGGUUACUAUAUUGCUUCUGCUGAUAACAAAAGAAGCGAAACUGUCAAAACAUUGAACCGAAUAGUCUCUAAGCUUUCUACACAUGACGCAAUCGCUGCUAAUGCUUUGACAUCAACAGGUACUCCUACAGUAGACACCUUAGUGCGCAAAUCUCAAGCUGUAUCAAAGCAUUAUAUUGUUAAUGUAUCAUCUUCACGUUCCAAAAGAAAAACCGAUAUCAUGGAAGAUCUCUCUUCAACUAGAUCGUUUACGAGAACCCCCUCUAUGAGCGAUGCUAAUCCGUAUAUUGCCCAUACUUCAGUGAAGAAUGAUAAAGUUUUGGGAGGUGUAAUACAAAGUUCCAUUGCAGACGUUAACCUACAUUACACGAAGUCACUAGAAAAAGACUUGAUUAUCAGUAUUGUGCCAUCCAAUGUUCUAGUUUCCACUGCAUCAAAUCCUUCGAUAGUCCCCACAAUCUCUUUUGGAUAUUUUCAAACCAAUACAACACCGUCUGAGAAAUAUAACAGCGAAACUUCAAGAAAUAAAUCAGCUACCAAGUCAAGUCAGAUGAAAGAGCUGUCAAAAGAGUGUCAAGGUCAGCUCAGCCUUUACAAAGGGUAUUCUCUUAGAGGUGGCUUCAGUGCUGGUCUCUUCUCACAUCACAGCGAAGUGAAGACUUUGUCAGGAUGCAUUCGAAAGUGCUGCAGCACUAAAACAUGCACAGUUGCUCUUAUGUUGCAGGGAAGUUGCUUCAAUGUGAGAUGCACAAACCGAUGGUUGUGCGGCAAAGUAAGAACACUUAACAAAAGUUUAAAGACUUCAUUGGUGUUCAUUAAAAGGGAAAAGAAGAGAUUGUCAAUUUCCCGUGAAGAUGAGACAGAUUCCCAUGACAACGAGACAGAUUCCCGCAAAAGUGAGGCGGAUAAGAGCAAUUCAGAAACCAGAAUGAAUACGAGGCCCACACUUAAAGGUGAUACUACUCAGCGACAGCAUGAAAUAACUAAGAAGUUUAACAUUCCUAGUAGGCCAAGUUCAAAUACUACUGGUGUUUUCAGAUCUCCAGCAAAAUCAACGACUGCAAGACCCGGCAGUGAUGACCGUUCGAAAGGGGGUAAAGACCAUUUUCCAACAACGAAAGGAAAAUCAGAAAUGCGAAAACCAUCGGAAACGUCGACAGAUGCAGUGUUCCGCCCUUUGAAACACUUUCAUUAUGAAGGGAAACCUACCAAGAGAAAUAAGAUUGUAUCCUCUCCAAGCUCUCAACAUGCAAAACCAUCUCAUAAUGACAAUUCUGAAACGUCAACUGGUGCUGUAUUUCACGCAGAAACAUUAGGGUCCGACUUGAAAUUUGGUCUAAUGGUAAAGAAACUGGCAAAAUCCAACUCACAGACUCGAUCAAAAUUACAGCCUGACAUGACAAAGUGCAACCACAGCGAAAUUCAAUACGAUACAGUUUUGUCAGGUGGCUGGAAAUCGGGCCAUUUUGAGCGCCAUGGCGACAUAGCUCACAUGAAGCAAUGCAUGGAGUUGUGUUGCAGUUUACCAGAGUGUCACGUGGCUUUGCUUAUGGUGCACUGCUAUACCGUGCAUUGUUACGAUAGCGCUCUAUGUCAACCAGCAAAGCCAAAAAUAUCUUUUUUCAAACCGAGGCUCGUGUUUAUGCGAAUCCCAAACAACAAGACUAUCGAGGCUGCAUUUGAGAAGAGAGCAGGCAAUCCAGUUUCAUCAUCUGUGGCUGAAAGCAAAACUGAAGCUAGCUUUCUAAAUAGCACUGUUUCUUUGCCAGCUUCUACAAUUACUAGAUCGUCAAGACAAAACCAACCUCGAGACCUCCAGACACUUUCAUCAGAGAAACACAGUAAGCAGACAACUGUAGGAAAAGAACUUACACAAAUUUUGUCAAGCCCGUUUGUGUCUGAAAAGGUUGAUCAGUCACCGAUAGCAUCCCACUCUUUCACUAAUCCUAGCACUACAUCUACACCUAUAGAAAUCUCAAUCACAACCAUCAAUGCCACACAGCAUUUUUCGAUCGUCCCCAGUGUGUCUAUUAGUGCUUCCGCGUCAAGCAGAUCAAUGUCACACGAUGUUACAGAUAAUUUUCCGAAAUCUGUCCCAAUGUCAUCAGAAUUGCCAGCUCAAGCAACUUCGGCCUUACUAUUUUCUGAAAAGCCAAAGUCUGCACUUCAGCCAACACCAUCUUUGAACAGCAUUCUUGAUUUGCCAUUGUCGCCAAGCAACAAAAACAGAAAGUUUGAAUCAACAAAACAGUAUCCAGAAUCGAGGCUUUUGCUAUUCAAAAAGCUUUUGCCCAGUCCACUGCUGCCCAGUCCACUGCAAACAAUCUCUAGAGCGGGCCCCAUCAUGGUAAAACAACGAACUUCUACCAUGCCAGCCUUCGGAGACAUUGGUGAUGACAUAUUAGAAAGUAGCAUUAAACAGCAUAGAGAGCACGGUGCAGUGGAACUUGGCCAUAAAUUGCAGCUUGGUCCAUCUGCUGGUGUUGUGUAUCGCUCUGUUAAUAGCAUCAAUGUAGUAAAAGCGAUUGAUGCCAUCUCUGUUCUUACGAAAGCAGAAAACACAGAGCAGCUGAAGUCGAGUAAAGGAUCAGCAGUUGAAAGACUGCACCUCGAAGCAGCUCGUGCAAUGACGGUCGGUAAUAAUCUCAAACUCAACACAGUCAUAAAAGAAACCAUAUCAACAUCUUUCUCUCCCAUAAUGACAUUAAAACCCCCCACAUUCGCGAACAAACAUGGCAGCAAAGAAACGGAAAUUUCACAUGCGCAAGAAAUAGCAAUCGAUAACAUGUUCUUCAAGCCAGAAAAAAUGGACCACGGCUACUUAUUUCAGAAUGUACAGCCACGGAAAGUUACUGCUGCUAAAUCAAGUGAAACAGCAGUCCCUAAAAGAUAUUUAGACAUGUUCCAGGCAUCUGUGAGUUCAAGGGGAUUUGCACAAACUGCGGACAGUAUCUCCAGUGUGUUACCGUAUAGCAAGAGUAUUUACUCGAUGAAAUCUACUGCGAACAUGCCCAAUAAUAUGCAGUACAACUCCCAGAUACCGACUAGAAAGCAAAAAGAGCUUAUUGCCGAAUUUUAUGCAAAGCACAGCUUUAAAGAUUUGUUGGAUCAGAUCACUGGUAAGAUAAACGCAACAGCAUUGAAUGAAUCCACCAACUUUGAAUAUAGACAGCAAGCUUCUUUGGGAAGUUCGUCCCUGAAAUCUGGAAAUAUAUCCACCAUAAGUAAGUUUCGACAGAAUACUGACAAAGAUUUCUCAAAAAUAUUGGAAAAGGCAACGAAAAUGGUCCCACCGAAAGACUGCGUUAAGGCACGUGUUUUAGAACGAUCAAUACUCACACUUGGAUGGAAAGCUGGCGAAUUCGUUGAUGGAGGCUCGGCAAAAACAAUUGAUAGUUGCCUAGCAAAAUGCUGUUCCGAUCGUUCUUGCAAUGUUGCUUUCUUUGUGAAAAGCCAUUGCUUCUUAGUUACUUGUAGAUACCCAGAAAGCUGCGCGCAGACGUCGACAAAAGGACUUGAUGUUCACCCAAGUUUAGCCUAUGUACCACGGAGCGCAAAUCAGGUAAACGUAUUUGGAAGUUUUGUACGUGCAGCAUUAGUGGAACAAAGAAAGCAUGAAUUGAAGGAGAUUGAUACAAAAAGACGUAAUGAAUUGUUGUUGUCAGAGGCAUUGAAGCAGCAAAAAAUGCCACCAACACCGUCCCAAAAGCAACUUAAUGACGUUCCAGUUAAUAAGAUACCCGGUACUGUAAGAUCAACAUUGGGAACGGCUGUGGUCUCAGAUAUUUCUAGACCAAACACAUUGUUGAAUCAUUCAAUGGAACAUAAGAAUGAUGCCAGCUCCUUGCCCAUCCGUGGAGCAACAAAGAUCGGUAUCCAUGAAUUAAAUUCCCCGAUUAGCGAAAACAGAGAGCAGAUCAAAUCCACACAAACGCCAAGAGCAGUCCAUGUCAGUUCUACAAGGAAUAUGGGACGAUUUUCUUCAGCCAUUUCUCCAACUCUGUCCUUGGAAUCGAUGCUCGUCUUACAAUCCACUACAUCGUCACUUGUAAACGUCAAAAGUGAGCAGGCCAUGAAAUUCGAACAACUCAUUCGUCUAGUUGAAAACCUACACGCAGACGUGAGAACAAAUAAACCUACAUCGGCACUUAGACAGUCCACUUCAGUAAUGAAACAAGUAUUGACUGCACUGAAGGAUUUAACGAAAAGCCAAAAGACACUGCUUCACAAUCUUUCUAAUGCCACAAAAAGAUCAGAGAUAUUUCAAAGAGCUGUCAAAAACGAUUCUGCUGACACCCGUGAUUUCUUGGGAUUCCCCGAAAAUGGCUCUCAGUCAAUAAUGAAUAAGGAAAUCCUCGGUGUGUUACACGAGAUUUCUAGCAAGUUGCAGGAAAAGAAAGCAUUUGUAAGCGAAUUCAAAAUUGAAAAUGCUUUAGCAGAGCGUGAAUAUCACAAUAGGAUGCAUAUGGAACACAAAAGUCUGGAUGCAGUUGAAAUCCCACCUUAUCAUACAGCAAGAAUAUUAGAACACGACACAUUUACAACAGAAGGGAUUUUACCUGCAGCAUCAUCCAUCAUCUCUUCUCUCUCAAGCUACGAUAUCACGCCUUCACCUUCUCUCUUUGAGUCCAGACGUCCUAUGAGCACUGAUACUGCAACUGCACAGAAUCUCAAUGAUAAAGCAAACAGGCGUACUGACAUUCCGACGCCACCACUUCACAGCCACAACCAACCAACACAUGAAGACCUAGUAAUUGAGAAAGGAGUACCCCAGUUGCGAAGCAACCCAUUUACAUCAAGCGGUAGCAAGGUUUCAGCAUCAUUCUCUAGGUAUUCUCAACAUUCACUGGCAACAGCAACAGCUGAAAGGAUGCAAAAGACGCUAUCGAUGUCAAAGGAGAAGCAUAGAGAGAUUUCAGUGACAAAAUCAGUUGACAACCCUGUCUUAACAACUGAGAGACCAGUCUCAAACGACAGAGACAACUUAGCAGAAAAAGUAGGAACAGACAAAAUGAGUCGUCUAAUUGCCCAUGUUGAACAGCUUUUAAACUAUACAAACGAAUUUCAAAAGAAUCUUCCUAGAAACGGAGUUAAACCAACUAAAGCACCUUUCGAGGAACUGAAUAAAGUGCUACGAAAGGAGAUUUCCAAGUUUAAUGUAACGAAAGCCAUAGGUGAGUUGAAUAAGAAGCUUGAAAAGAUCAAACCUGAUCGUGAAAGUGAUAGAGAAAACAUGAAGUCCUUGAUAGAAGUGAUAAAAUCUGCGAUUCAGAAUGUGACGAAGACAAGCAGCGAACGGCAACGACAACAACAUGAUGAGAAAGUAUUGAAUCCGCUGUUUUCGGAAACGAGCAACCCUGACGAUGGCAACACGACCAGUGACAGUGACGAUCGUAUUCUACUUGACAUCAUCGACGAAGCCGAAUCAAGCUAUUCUGAGGAGCUUAAAGGAACCGAGCAUCAUUUUAGAAGUCAGUAUUCACCAACACCCGGCUACAAGUUGCCAAGAACGAGUGCUGUUGACUGGCGGUCUCUGUCGUUUUCAGUCAUUUCUAAAGAACCAACCAGCACUCCCCUAGUCAAUACGCCUUUAGCAACAAAUGCUAUACCCUUAUCGUUUUCUGUGAUGCCAAUAUCAUCAUCUUUAAUAAAUUCCAACGGCCAUUUGCCUCGCAAAACUUCACAGCUACAAAAUUUGAUUAUAAAAGAUACUUCCUCAUUCCAUCCUUUUAUCAGUCGCUCCUCAACACCAACGCAUUCUACAACUAUCCUUCCACCAGACAAUUCAUCAACAAAUCUAUCUAACAAUGUUGAUUCAACCCCGACCCCAAGUUGGACAGAGCGCAAAGUUGUUCAAAAGAGUGAAAUAAACCGCAGGAGCCAAUCGUAUACUAUUAGCCAUUUUGCUUCUUUGACGAUGCAUGAUGUUCGACACCCAGGAACCUCCAGCACCCUUCACCAUUCAAAUGAGCCUCCGUCAUCAACAAUUCUUGCUUCGGUAGCACUCGUUGACGACCAGCUGGACAUUGAAGCUGAAAUCAACGCUCUCAUACCAAAACACGACUGCAAACAUACCGAUAUUUUUACGAACCUGACCUUCGAAAGUGGAUUCAUUGCUGGAUCAUUUAAGCGAGUUGGAAGCGUGCAAGACAUGAAAGAGUGUAUAUCAGCUUGUUGUGAUAAUGUCUCCUGUGAUGCUGCUUUUCUUCUUGGUAGCCAGUGCGUUCUUGUGCACUGCAAAGACUCUGUGUCAUGCCGCACCGUCCCUGCACGACCAUCAAAACAUCAACCCCAACUUGCGUUCAUGCAAAGAAGGAAAUUGUCUCCAGUAAACUCUGUGAUGGUACUGCCACAAAACCCAGUCAAAUUUCAAGUACUUUCGCGUAGAGAGCAAACAAGUUCUUUGCAACUACCUAACAAUUUUAUCUCAGCUAGCACUGACGAAAUCAAUAGCUUACAGUCAUCAGCUCCGAAUCAUCUCUCGUCAAUGAUUUUUGGUGAAAGAACGAAGUGGCAACCUAGCCGUAGCUUAUUUGAAAAGCAAGUAGAACAAACUAUGAUUGAAACGCAGGGUAACAGCCAGUGGAAGCUUAGUUUUAGCGAGAAAUCAACAGGUCAGGAAAUAGUUAGAAAAGUAGUUAAUCAGACAAUAUCAACUGGUGCUAUCAGCCGACAUUCAGCUCAGUCGACGACUGCAUCAGAUGACGUAAAAGGGUCUCAAGACCCACGGUGGCUUAACGACACAGACAGCUCCAUAUCAUCCUUUUCGGCUGACCAGACUGAUGUGAUUCCUAGUACAGGAGGAAGUCCUGAAGUGGAAACAACUAAAGGGGUGCUGCCUAGAAGGAACCUGCCUCUGUGUUCGUAUAGCCCGAUCUCUUACAAUGUUACGCUACGACACGGCCUAGAGCCGGGCUAUAACACGAACCAGGGCAGAGUCCCUGCAAAGGCGUGCACCCGACUGUGCUGUGACACUCCAGGCUGUGACGUAGCAUUUAUGCUUAAGGACAUUUGCUAUACAGUAAAUUGUCCGAACAAAGAAGCGUGUGAACUCGCCGAUCACGACUUUACACUGCCUUCUACAAGGUUAGUAUUUAUUCAUAGAGCUAACCAAACAAUGCCAAGAGCCUUGAAUGCUGCUGAGAAGCCUCACACGUUUGCAGAGCCAAUCACCAAACGAACCAAUGUAAACAGAACAACAUCCGCUCCAGAAAUGUAUAGACAUGACAUAAAUCUGAAUCAUGGUAAAAACAUACAUGACAACCGGCUUAAUGAAACUGUGCUCAUUUCUAACAGAAGUACUACACCAAAGGUAACUAAUUGGCGAAAUGCAGAUGUUGAGGAUCUUGGCGAUGAAGUCUUACCUCCAACUGUACAGUCUACUGGAAACAACUAUCAGCCAACAACGGAAGUGACAAACACUCAGGAUGACUCUCCUAAUCACCAUACAACUGAUCGACAAAUGUCAGGUACUAGUAUGUAUACCACUAGAGGUCUCAUGAUCAGAGACCAAUCCCGAAGCCAAAUUGAAUCUAAGAACGAAUCUUUCAUUGAAGAAUGGCAGAGCAUUCCAACACAAGCAGGCAACUCGGUUGACAAUGCGACGUCUUCUAGUUUUGCUGCUCCACUGCCUACUAAAGUCAUGAAUCUAAGUGACCACCAAUCUGUCAAUAAUACUUCAUUUAAAGAUGUGUCUCUUUUGUUUGGUAAUUUGAAAGAAAACGACGAGAACGUCAACGACUUUGCAGCUGAGUUUGAUGCCAUAGAGGAUGCAGCAAAUGUCGCUGAAGGAAUACCUGAAACCGUUAAGAGUGGGACCGAAAAUGAUAUAUCUUUCGAAGUUGUUAAGGUGCAGCCAGAAAAUCCACCAAAGGAAACGUCAGCUUCUGAUAACAUUGAUACAAGGAAUGAAGAGAAACAUGAAGAGAAUUUGAUGAAAGUAGCACAAGAACCGACAGAAUCUGCAAUACCACCUAUAAGUAAAGAGAUGAUUCUUGGUCCUGAGGAUAAAAUUUUGGAACAGGAGCCGAAGAAAGAGGACAUUACGUGGUCUACCAACGAGCCAGAUGGGGAAAAUGGAGUUGCUAGAAAGGAAAGUUUUAGGAACAAGAGUCCCAAAGAUGCAAUUAAGAAAACAGCCGGUAGCGAUGAUGCAGGAAACGAGGAAGCCGGAACUUGGAUUUCAAAGAAACCACUCACUGAAUACAGGAAUGAUGUAGAGCCAAGUAAAACUGAGGAUUCAUCGAUCAGGCAUUUUCAAAACGGACUAGAUGAAGUAUCGAAAAUCGGAAGUGUUGGCAACAAUCAAGAGGAAAGAGGAUACGGACGUAGUGCUAUUCAAAAAGAAGAUUUAGAAGGUGGAAAGAAUGAAGAAGCAUCCUCAUUUGUGUCUCAUGUAGGCGCAGGAAACACAUACAUAGUGUCCAGUGAAACCCGGAAAAAGCAUGACUGUAGUCCAAGUACUGUACGAAGGAAGGUACUUUUCACGAAUGGUGCCAAGGGGAAACAGUUUCACGAGCUAGGAAGUGUUAACGGUCUGCUGACGUGCGUUGAGCUUUGUUGUAUAUCUGACCAUCAAUGUGAUGCAGCUCUGUUGUUGGAUAGUACCUGCUAUGCGGUGACAUGUGAGACAAGGGAAGCCUGCGUGACAACCGAAGUAAAGACAUUGGAAUACCAGACAAUAAUUGCCUACAUGUAUGCUGACGGAUCGUUUGAGGGUCAAAGUAUGAGCAAUGAGCUUUUAGACGGAAAUGAUAAAGAGCAAAACAACAUCAAGGAGAAGGCAAAUGCAGUUGGGAAAAAGAAUGUUGACAAGAAAUGUACGCGAAAUGUCUUCGUGACGGGGAUAAUGAAAAGUGGCCUAAAUGCUGGUGAGAUAACAAGACAUGGCACGGUUGGUAAUGAAAAGGAAUGUCUGGUUAAAUGCUGUGAAGAUACGAAAUGCAAUGUUGCUUUUUUGCUUAAGACACAUUGUUACAGCAUAGCUUGCCAUGAUGCUGAUGACUGCAUAAUAGAACACAUGAAACCCUCGUGGUAUUCUCCAAGGGUGGCUUUGGUUAGAGGUAUCGUGAAGACCAAAGGAAAAAAGCGAAUUCAGAAACUGUACAAGAAAACCAGCAUACCACAACCAGAAGUGCUGGAAAGAUUCUUAACGAGACGAACCCGUCCAUUGAAACAGUUGUCUGCAGGUAACGAUGAUGAAUUGUCAGAAAUGCUAUUGAAUACAAGGAAGAUGAUGUCAAAUGGCAAAGAAAUUAUAGAUGCUGAGGAUAUGAAGAAAUAUGUGGCUGAGAAACAGCUUGAAGUUCCAAUUCAAGGGACAAAAACAGCUUUACGGGAACUUGAGCAUGAAGACACGGAAGCUCAUGAAAACACAGGAAGAACACGUGUUUGGAAUUCGGACAGGGAUAUAAAGCGUUUUAACGAGGAAUUGAGUUUAGGCACUAAAGGUCGAAGUCCUCCUAAAAAGAAGAUUAUUGCAACUGGACAUUUACAGCCUGCUGGUCAUCAGGAUUUGAUGGAUAUUGACUUCAGUAAUAAUCAUAAACUUUCAAGUGAAGUGGAUGAUGCAAUGGCUAAUGAGGCCAAAUCCCAUAUUGGAGAUAUAGGGGAUAGUGCUGGCUUUGUUCGUAGCAGUCUAAAGUCACGAAGCAGGGAAAGGCCUUAUGAUAGUGUCGUGUCUCGACGCAAGAAGAUACCAAGGUACCGAACCCUCGAAGAUUCACCUUUUGAAAAUGAUUUCGGCUCAUUAGGCGCCACUAGUGAUGUCAUGAACAUAGACAGCCAGGCAUCCCUGACCGAAACACUAAAACUACCCCAUGUUUCAGAUGAAAUUGAAUAUGAUGAUCACGACAACAAUCUUGAUGACAUAGGUGCCAACCACAGAGAGGCUAGAGUACCAGGUAGUAGAGUGUCAUUAGAAGAGAAAUCGAAAGCACAGGAAUCAGCAGAGGUGAAUAGAGAGGAUAAUGACGAUCAAUAUGAGGAGAUGAUUAGACCAAAAGGCCACAUAAGUCCUAAGCAAGAAUAUUUAAGUCGAAAAGGGGAGGGUAGACAUAAAGAAGAAGAAGCAAGGAUAACUAUCCCAGUGGAAAGAUAUGAAAAACCUGUUGCUACCGGAAAACAUCGACACUCCACCAGGGGUAGCUCUCGACAUGAGAGUUUUGUAGUAGCCAAUGAGGCUGAUAAAGAUCUUAUGCACGAAUAUAGAGAAAACCGCCCGUUUGUAGAUGAUAUAGGGGAUGAACGUGAAGAGGUCAGGAAAAAUGAGGAUUAUUUUGAUAACGAGUCUCCUAUAGUUGUUCACGAUGAUGAAUCGAACAGAGAGAACCACGUGAAAGCGAACGAUUUAGAAUUGGGUAACAAUGACGAUACUGAGAGUCAGCCAAGGAGAGGGAAAUACAACAUGCGGCAUGGUGUGAGGUUUCACAGAAAGCACGCCCAAGGUGAAGCUAAUGCUGAGGAUGGCAGAGAAAGGGAUUUGUGGAAGAACCAGCACGAAGAUGAAGCAUUCCAUGACUUGAUUGAUAAAAAUGACGAUUAUGAUUUCAUUAUACCCCACAAAUCUCAUUUUACAGAGCUCAUAAAUCACCAUAAACAUUUAAAAGACGAACCUUUAGUUGUUGUGCGAACAGCUGGCCAUGUUCUUAAAGACACAGCCUUUGAUCACAAAAAGCUGAAACAUCGAAAACCAGUCGUUAUCAUGCCUAAAGAUGACUAUGAUGAGCUGAACUUUUAUCGCGAGAUUGACCGGCUGACAGGAGAUUCAUCGGACAGCAUUGACGGUGCCACCGACGUGUUACCCGAAAGCGGGGAUGACCGAAGUGUGGUUUUGAAGAGUAAUAAAGAUGAUGAGGAGCAGUAUGAGGUAGUGGAGCCUCAUGUUCAGAAAACACCUCUAGGGUUAAUCUUCAAACGCCCAAAGCUUGUAGUCAGUCAACCUGUUCAUGAUGACGUACCUAUAGAUCAAGAAAACUACCUUUUUAUCGAUGAUCCUAAAGAGAAGCACGUUGUUUCUGCCGUACACGAGGAUGAAAGUGCAUCCGACUACCCUUAUGUUGUUAUCAAACGGAAACCUAGACCCCAAAGAACGGUCUUUCCAUGGCAGUUGAAAAAAGAAUUGGAGGACGAUAUAUUUAACGACAUGCUGUCGAAGAAUCUAGUCAAUACUGAUGUUGGAAAUAGCAAAGUUGGUGUACUCGGUGACGAAACCUUUUCAAGGAAACAUAGUACUCCAACAAGAGCACCAUUUGUUGAUAAACCAAGUGCUAAGAAGGUGCUCCCAACAAAAGCUCAAACAAAGAAGGCCCCAAGCAAGAGGCAUCCAACGAAAAGACCAACAAACCCGUUGCGAGAACGCAAAAUUUCUGGAUCUCCCCAAACACCUAUUAUUUUAUCAAUAAACGUUGAAACUUAUCCUGGAGCUCAUGACAAGAGACGCAAAAUGGAUCAAAAUCUGGAAAUUAGGCCACUGACAACAGCUCUACCGUUAUUUCAAGAACACCCUACAAAACCGAUGCUGAUUCGUAACAGGAGGCCAACUGGCAAUUCAAUUCAAAAAAGACCAACAACACAUACAACUACACAUAAGCCCUCUAAAAACAAAAUGCCGAGUAAACACCCUUCACCCAAACUUCCAACCAAACAUGAACUGCCUUCGAGUAAACACAAAGCUCCCAGCAAAGGAACAAAACAUGCCAAACCAACUUCCAAGUCAACGCCAAAGCAUCUCUUGGGUCACGGCACCACAAUUUCGACGAAACAUGAAGAAAAGAAUGAGUUCUUCCUGGGACACAAAGAAGCCAACGAAACCAUGGCCACUGCCAAACCGGUUCGUAAAGAUACAAUACCAACACUGAAAAUGAGACUAGAGCUUGAAUCAGCACGGGAACGAGAAUUAAAGCAAAGAGUUGCUAACCUUAGUAAAGAAGUCGAGCAAUUACGUGAUAAGUUAACAACAACAGCGAAAGCAACGAAACCUGUUUACAAAGAGACAGCUGCAUCUAAACUUGCACUUAAACUUGGUGAGAUGGAGGCAGAAUUUGGUCAAGAUGAAAAGGGAGAAACAAGACAGAAAAUACCGCAUAUGCGUAGAAAGGUAAAAUCAAACGAUAUUGCGAAAAAGCAGAAUGCAAUUGAGAGGAGUUCCAGCAUCAAACAUAGCGGAGGACUACCCAGUACAGGUCUGUCGAACGUAUCUGAACCAGAGCUACACGUGGGGCCUACAACAGUAAAUCAUAUGCCUGAUCUGGAAAGCGCAGUGCCAGCAAAUCAGAGCAGUUCUUUGUCACGUGACGAUGGCUUUGGUAUGAUUGCAGCAUUGAUCAAUGGACAAAAUCUGGAGAAGCCAGAUGCUAGUUCUGCUGAGAAACAAAGUAGUGACAGUGCCUCUUCUGAAAAAAUUGAAAUAACUACGAAAGGUGUCUCUGAUAGCGAGAGUAUUGGGUCAAACUUGAAAGAGCUGGCUUCUGAAAGUAGCAAGGACAUAACACCUAACAGUGAAAUGAUGGACGGAUUUUCAUUUUCAUUAAAACCAACCACAGGUCGUGUUAAACCAAUCAGUCAGAUUAAAAAGCAGAAGAAAGAGAAUACAAAACCACGAUCAAAGACUAAAGAACUUCCAUCUCUAGAUGACCUUAAAGCCCUGCACGAUUUCAAAAGCAACAGAGAUGCAAAGAAACAAACAGCUCAGGGUGUAGCAAGUGUGCAAAAUAAGACUUUAAAAAUAGUUAAAAGUGAAAAAAAGAAAGGAGAGGUAGGAAUCCUUGGUGAUGAACAUUUUGUAGCGUCAAACUCGUCUCAAAGUCAGAUUGGUGAUUUAGGUAGUUUAGGUGCAUCAACAAUCUUGUCAUAUCCGACUAAAGCGUCACAAGGUAUUGAUGCGGCCUGGAAACGAAAGCUUCAAAAUAUGGGAAUAGCUGAGUCUCCUGAUAUGCCUGUGGACUCAGAAGUGCCAUCGGCCAGUGACUUGGGUGAGAUCGCAACCUUCAAGAAAGAGCUGGCAGCUGCAGUAAAAGGCAUGGGUCCAGGCACUCUCAUGAUGAAGAAAUCGCGGGUUCCGAAGCCGCAUCGUCAAUAUUGGGGUGUUGAUGUAGUGGGUGACAACAAUGAACAUGAAAAGGGUGACAUUAGCUCUGCAAUAAACAAUAGACGUCGUUACUGGGGCAUAAAUGCUGCUGAUGGAGUCGCCAAGCCAAAGAAUGAUAUUCCGGGAAACCCAGAUGAUGGUAUAGUUGCUCAUUAUGGAUUCGAGUCUUCCAGCCUGAACGAGGUUAAGGAUGAUUCUACCGCUGGAAAUCAUGCAUUGCUAGUCAAUGGCGCUCAUGUGAACAAGCAGGAUGCCAAAUGCGGUGCUUCUGUUGCCAUGGCAGGCGGGGAGGUACUUAUGAAUGGACAAUCGUUUCAUAAUAAACCCAGCCACGCGAUUACAGUUGCAAUGUGGGUGAAGCUUAAUCGAGAUGACGAUAAUUUAUCCUUUUUCAAUGUCAAGCAGACAUUAAGUGGUAGAGGUGCAAGUUUUACCUUGGAGGUCAAAAAUGGAAAACUCCACUGGUCCCAUACAGACGAUAAAGGCAACUAUAUAUUCGACUUACUAACGAUACAAAGUGCCACUGUACCACAGGACUUGUGGACGCACAUAGCCGCGACUUAUAGCGCACGUGUGGGACGUGCAAAACUCUACGUAGAUUCUCAGUUGAUUAAAAGCGAAUCAGGAACAGGUCCUUUGUCAACAAACUGGCAAGGGAAAGUGGCAAUUGGAGCAGGAGGCAGUUUGCCUGGGCUGGUCGAUGAGUUCUAUCUGAUGAACAAGGCCUUGGCACAAAACGAUAUCAAAGACUUGACGGAGCUCUGUAACAUAGGACCAGACUACGCUAUACCAAUGGAGAAGGGUGCAUACAACGGGCUUAUACCAGAAGAGCAGUUGGUCGAGAUGAAAGAGCGACUGACAGAAACCAAUGCUCACCGGCAUUCAAGCCUAGACACGGGUAUGGUGGUGAAUAACAAUGGUGAUAUCGACCCUGCGGCUGCUGGGAACCAGAAAAAAGAAGAGGAACAUGAAAAAUGCUCUAAAAAUGCAGUCUUUUACAGUGCUGAUUUGAAAGGCGGUCGCAAUAGCGGUCUUUUUACAAGAUACGGUCACGUUGAAGACAUGAAAGAGUGCAUUGAACAGUGUUGUCUCACCCCAAGAUGUGACCUUGCCUACAUGGACAAAAGCACUUGCUACACAGUUAUUUGUCAUUUCCCAUCGCUUUGCCAGCCAAUAAGAGCUGUUAAGGCACAUACAACAAUAGGAUUUGUAACAAGAAAUGGUGAUACGAUCUACGAUCCAGCGAGCUAUCCUACGGAAUCCCCACUUGUCGCGCUAACAACAACACCAACUACAAAACCAUCUACAACACCAACAACCCAAGCGAAGCACACGUGUUUGCAAAGCAUGGUAUAUUUCAGUGUGGCGCUGCGCGGAGGAUGGACAUCCGGGAAAUUCACUGACAUGGGCGUCGUUCACAAUCUUCGCGAAUGCGUCAAGCAUUGCUGCGACGACAAAUCAUGUGACUUAGCCAUGGUUCUCAGCCGCAAAUGCUUUACCGUUCAUUGUUAUAGUUUAGCUGAUUGCCAGACGAUACCAGACGGGCAUGCGCAAAUUGCUUAUGUUUCAAGAGAGGGUUUCGAUGGUGUUGUUCCGACCAAACCAACCAAAGCCCCAAGUUUACACGGACGGCCAACUGAAAGACCAGUGUUGACACAGCCGCCCAAAAGGCCAACGCCGACUUUUUCACCGACAAUUACCAGAAGUGAUCCAACGCUUGUACUUCAUUUGUCAUUUGAUAAAAUUGAAGAGAACAGGAUAAUAGACGAUUCUAAAUUUGGAAAUGAUGCUUCUUUGACAACGGGUGCUAACAUAUCGCCCGGUGGAGGUAUUCGUGGAAAUGGUGUUGUCCUCGAUGGCGGUGAUGUUCUGUUGGAUGGCGAGCAUUUCACGCCAAAGCCUCGAGCAGCAAUCACGAUAGCAAUUUGGGUAAAGCUCUUGCAAACAGAUGGCGUGCAUUCGUUGUUUGACACGGUCGGAAGUAUAUCUGACCAUCAUAGUGGGCAAUAUCAUUUAGAAAUCAUCGACGGAAAAGUUCGUUGGUUUCAUCGCGACGAAAAUGCCGAGCAGGUUUUCUCGGUGAUAACAGAGUCGAUCGUAAGACGAGACCAAUGGACGCAUGUUGCUGCAACGUACGAUGCGAAUCUUGGCGAGGCGAAGAUUUUUGUAAACGGCGAAUUGAAGACUGUCGAUGUUGGACAUGGAGAAUUAUCAAUGGACUGGGGUGCGAAAGCCGGCUUUGGAACGCAUACGGACGGUCGUGCAUUGCUCGGCUAUAUUGAUGACAUUUAUAUGUACUCAAGAGCGCUUGACCGCCUCGAAAUACAAGACUACGUAAGACACUUUAAAGAGGUGCUUGAAAAGAAACCCGUUGUUCCUGAAGAGCCAAAGAUGCCUCCUACUGUGGUCCCAGUUCAUAUACAUAGGCCACCUACUCUAGGAAAUUCUUUAGGAAUAUCAACAGCAAAGCCCAAGACACCAUCCCCAAAAUUAGCUGAUAUUUGUCAACUAGGCAAAGUGCAUACGAGUUCUGACUUAAAAGGUGGCCUAAAUGCAGGCAACUUCCUUGAUCGAGGGCCUGUCACGAACAUCCUGCAAUGCAUGGAAAUGUGUUGCCUUUUCAAGACAUGCGAUUUGGCUUACAUGGUAUCAGGAAGAUGCUACCUUGUUGAGUGUUACAGCAGGGACUUAUGUGCCGUCACACAAAAAGGAUUGUCAGCUUUGGCGCCAACCGUUGGCCUAGUUGUACGGCCCAGUCACACAAAACCCACUAUCAAGACAACGCCAGUUCCGCAAACAACCCGUCGCACCAAGCCAACGACAAAGCGAACGCCAAAAACUACGAAGAAAAAGAAACGACCUCCGGAGUCGUUACAAGAAAUCAACGAUUUUGAAUCCCAGCUGCUACAUCCAGACGCUGCUUGGUACACUACAACAAUGAAACCAACUCCUCCAACUUGCAUCUUCGGGCCUGUACUCAACCACACUACUAUGAUUGGUGGCCUUCGCGCAGGCGACUUCACACAUAAAGGUCUUAUUCACCGAAUGGACUUGUGUCAAGGGCUCUGCUGCAAUGAUUCGAGUUGUGACAUAGCAAUCAUGAUGAAGGGAGCAUGCUUCUUGGUGUCAUGUAAGAACCAAUCAUUAUGCAAACCCCGACACGCGGAGCUACCGAACUUCAGCCUUAAACUCUCGUACAAGAAGCGUCCUGGCGUAAAGGACAUCUCUUAUGACUAUGAGCACCCAACAACGCCAGCGCCUCCAAAACCACCAACAACACCAACAACAUCAACAGCAAGGCCUACUAAAUCGAAAACAACAGCAGCAACAACAAAACCAUCAAAGACCAUAAAACCUUCAAAUCGAACAACGCCCAAAGUGAAGCUUGAUAUAGAUACUGUGGAUAUACCAAUGAACAGUCAUGUGAAAUCUUGGUGCUCAAUCGACUUCGUAUUGGAUGGAGUAAGACUAGUAGGUGGGCUUUACUCGGGUACCUAUCGUACCAUCGGGCACGUUGAUGACAUGAAAGAUUGCAUGAAAGCUUGUUGCGAUGAAGAAGAAUGUACUGUUGCCUAUUUAGAACGCGGCACUUGUUAUGCAGUGAAGUGCCUAGAUAAAGAACUGUGUAAAUCUACCAUGAGUGAUAGCAAAACAUCAGUGGGCUACAUAGUGCGAGACGGCAAAGGUCUCUUUAGGUCUGCCCAAGAGGCCGUUACAGGCCUUGUUUUAAAGCAGGCAGAUACAGUUCAUAAAGAAGGAAAAGGAGCAGAUCACGUGCUUAACGGAGAAGCAAAGUCAGCCAAUGCCACAAAGCCAGAAAAGCCUCCGAACCAUCAAACACGAAACACCACCAAUGCACCUCCGCACUUCCCUGAAGAACCUAAACCAGAGACAUCGCACGGUCUUGACUUUGGCUACUGCGAGAAAGGGGAGACGCUGCGAAACAAAAGGCUUAUGGGUGGAAUGAAAGCUGGAAUCUUCCGUGACCAUGGAGAUGUUGAUGACAUGGAAACUUGUUCGGAGUAUUGUUGCAAGGAUAAGGAUUGUCAUUUGGCCUAUAUGAUUGACAAAACCUGUUAUUCUGUCCGCUGUUAUAACUCUGAGUUAUGCAAGACUUUUACUGCACCAAACUUCUUCUUGAAUCCUGUCAUGUCAUUUGUAAGCCGCUCAAGAAACUUCACAGAGUCAGCAAAGCACAAAAACGCUACCCAGGAAACAACGCAAAAACCAGAUGUGCAACCAACAAAUGAAACGUCAGUUUCCUCGAAAGGUGAGAAGAGCGAGCAUUCGAAGUCUAAGAAGCACAAGAACAAACCAACAAAAGCACACGAAACACACGACAAGCAAGGUACACAUAAGCACAAAACAACUCACAGCCAUGAUCAUAAAACUCACAGUAAGCAUUGGAAACACGCUAAAGGAAAAGAGCUGAAAACAAACACGAAUGUGCAUGAUAAACACAGGCCAAAACCCACACUUUCAGAGGAAAUGGUCGAAGACAAGAAAAUGGCGGAUCGCUACAAGCAGCUAUUACGGCACCCAUACUUGAUGAGAAUGCUACAGCAGAUGGAUUCUGAGACCAGCGGGUCUGGUUCUGGGUCAGGUGAAGGGUCUGGUGAGCUGCCCAUGUUGACUGAGUAUAUGAAAAUGCAGCGGGUGAGCAAACACAAGAAAAGGCGUCCGGGUUCGAGUGCAAAACGAGGCCAUGGCAAGAGCAAACUCGUCGACGUGACGUUAAAGGAAGCAGAAAUCACAAAGAUUCAUCCUGUUCCAUUGUCGAAGCUAGACAUCGAUUUAAUUGAUGCUCUCAGCUCUGGAUCUCCUAGUGACUACGAGAGUUGUCCUGCAGAAGAAUUUGGCUGCGAGCAUUUCUGCAUAACAUUGCUGCAUGGCGGGCACAGAUGCAUGUGCCAUAAAGGGCAUCGUUUGGCAGCAGAUGGCAGAAAUUGUCUUGGAGAGGACCAGUGUGAUGCAAGAGCUCAUUAUUGUGACCAGAUUUGUGUGUUCGACCAUGGGGAAUACAGAUGUGAAUGUCGAACAGGAUAUAUACGAAGCAUUAUGAACAGAACUUGUGAUGACAUCGAUGAAUGUGAAAUGGGCAUCCACGGUUGUGACCAAACUUGCGUUAACACACCGGGAAGUUAUCGAUGCCUAUGCGGUACAGGCUAUAAACUCAAUGAUGAUCAAAUGACAUGCGCUGAUCAAUCUGACACAGCAUCUUUGAUGAAGAAAAAUAAAAUCGAGAGAGUGCCGAGAUUUUUAAUUCCUGCUAUGAUAGUAAGCGGACCAAAUGACACAGAAGUGAUACAGGGACACAAUGUCAUCUUGAACUGUGCUGCCCAUGGCUACCCAGCCCCGAAAUUCGUGUGGUCGUUUGGCAUGAAUGAAGCAGUGCCACUGACUGGCAAUCCACGCAUGAUCGUGUUACCUGGUGGCAGUUUGUUAAUACAAAAUGCAAAAAUGAGCGAUGCUGGCGUCUAUCGAUGCAUUGCAUCCAACAAUGCUGGAACUGAUACAGUGAAUGCAAUAUUAAAAGUUGCUGACAUUGAUGAAUGUAAAAACAAAACCUAUCGUUGUGAACAUCUUUGCCAUAACACAAUUGGAAGCUUUUACUGCAGCUGUUAUCAAGGAUACACUCUCCAAAGUGACUCAUACACUUGCCAAGAUGAGAACGAAUGCACUCGAUAUCCUGGAAUUUGUACCCAGUAUUGCUAUAACACGCCUGGAAGUUACCUUUGUGGCUGCAGAGAUGGGUAUAGGCUUCAGACAAACAGAAGAAAUUGUACAGAUAUCAACGAAUGCGAGAAUAAACAAAACCCUUGCAGUCAGCUUUGCAACAAUACUCAAGGAUCCUACCAAUGCUAUUGCUUCAAAGGAUAUAAACUGAAACAAGAUAAUAUCACAUGUGAAAAAAUCCAUACGAUUGCAUUCUCAAUUGCAAAUGGCAGCCCACUUUCUGCUGGUGUCGGUGCAAUGGCAGCGAUAAUAACACUUAUUUUAUUCGCUGGCCUGUCGGCAUUUGUUACGCUUAUCAGGAAUUAUAAAAAGAGAAGGAAAUUUGACAAGGAAUUUGGACGUCAAAAUGAUGGACGUCCACAAAUUAAGAUAUCUAGUAACAGCAAAUCCAUAUUUAGCUGGAGGGACUGAAAGAUUUUGUGUAGUAUUUAAUCUUUUUAAAAAUUGUAAAUAAUUUAUAAAUUUAUAUAGCACUAUUUUUACUUUUUGUAACUUUUAUGUUACUUUGAAAUACAAAACUUGUAUAUAUUAAAAAUGUAGGUAUUUUUUUCUAUAAAAUGUAUCAGUUAAAAA